AUGAUCCCAAAUUAUUCUACUGAAGAAACUGUUAAAAGAAUCCACGUGGACUGUCCUGUUUCAGGACGGCACAGCUACAUCUACAUUAUGGUUCCAACUGUUUACAGCAUCAUCUUUAUCAUAGGCAUAUUCGGGAACAGCCUGGUCGUCAUUGUCAUUUACUGCUACAUGAAAUUAAAAACCGUAGCCAGCAUCUUUCUGCUCAACCUGGCCCUGGCUGACUUGUGCUUUCUGAUAACUCUGCCCCUCUGGGCAGCCUACACGGCCAUGGAGUACCAGUGGCCGUUUGGCAACUGUUUGUGCAAGCUGGCCUCGGCGGGGAUCAGCUUCAACCUGUACGCCAGCGUGUUCCUGCUGACGUGCCUGAGCAUUGACCGCUACCUGGCCAUCGUGCACCCGGUGCAGUCGCGCAUCCGCCGCACGGUGUCCGUGGCCCGCGGCACCUGCGUGGCCAUCUGGCUGCUGGCCGGCGUGGCCAGCCUGCCCGUCAUCAUCCACCGCAACAUCUUCUUCGCCGAGAACCUCAACAUGACGGUCUGCGGCUUCCGCUACGAGAGCAACAACACCACGCUCCGGGUCGGGCUGGGCUUAUCCAAAAAUCUGCUGGGCUUUUUAGUUCCUUUCCUGAUCAUCUUAACGAGCUACACCUUAAUUUGGAAGACACUGAAGAAGGCAUAUCAAAUUCAAAAAAAUAAGACUAGAAAUGAUGAUAUCUUCAAGAUGAUUGUAGCAAUUGUGUUUUUCUUUUUCUUUUCCUGGAUUCCUCAUCAAGUGUUCACUUUUCUGGAUGUGUUGAUUCAAUUACAUGUAAUAACAGAUUGCAAAAUCACUGAUAUAGUGGAUACAGCUAUGCCCUUCACCAUUUGUAUCGCUUACUUUAACAACUGUCUGAAUCCCUUUUUUUAUGUGUUUUUUGGAAAAAACUUUAAAAAAUACUUCCUUCAGCUAAUUAAAUACAUCCCACCAAAUGUCAGCACACAUCCAAGCCUCACAACCAAAAUGAGCUCCCUCUCCUAUCGGCCACCAGAAAAUAUCCGCUUGCACACCAAAAAGACUGCCGGGCCUUUUGAUACCAAUUGA